GCUCGCUAGCUUUUGCGUUCUCGCUCUCUCUCGCGAGAUGCAGCGUAAUCGUCCCAAGUCGACAUAGGGGUUUUCUACUUUUUAGUUUUUAACAGUUUUCAUUUUCAGAAUGCAGAAUACACACAUUUGAUGCAAGCUAGGACUUUUACUUUGAAGUGCAACAUUACAAGGAAGUAAGUGCGCAAGGCAUGUAAACAGAAGUGAAAUAAAGUGACAUUGACCCGCACACCCUCAGACUAACCAGGCAGUGGAAGCUACUCUGCGAGGCACUGAGGCACCAGCACCCAUGUGAGUAACAGCAACUCAUUCAUCUUAUUCCACGUUUUCCUAGGCCCUGAGAUCCCAUGGGUGUGCAGGGUCUGACCACCUAUGUGGAGGGGAACAGACACUUCCUCCAAGAUGUGAAGUUCAGGGAUAGUCGCCUGGUUAUUGAUGGCUGCAGUCUGUAUUUCCGCCUCUAUUUUAACAACGGUUUGGACCAGCAGCACGGAGGGGACUAUGAUGCUUUCGCUUGCCUGCUCACCCAGUUCCUCUCCGCGUUGGCAGCCUGCAACAUCCAGCCAUAUGUGGUACUGGAUGGAGGGAUGGACCCCAGUGACAAGAAGUUUCCCACUCUGCGGCAACGUCUGCAGUCCAAGAUAAGGGAGGCAGACAGUAUCUCUCAUGGCCGCGGUGGCUCUGUUCUCCCCAUCCUCACAAGAGCUGUCUUCAUUCAGGUCCUAAUCCAGAGAGGAGUCCCACUAGUCCAGUGUCCAGCUGAGGCUGACUGGGAGAUUGCAUGUUUGGCUCACCAGUGGAACUGCCCAGUUCUGACAAAUGACAGUGACUUUUAUAUCUUUGACCUGCCAGGUGGUUACCUGCCACUCAAUUUUUUCCAGUGGACCAACCUUAAUGGCAAAGCCUCUCAUCGCUACAUCUCAGCUCGGUGUUACACCACUAAUGGCCUUUGUCGCUGGUUUGGGGGCAUGAACCAGGAGUUGCUACCCUUAUGUGCCGUCCUGACCGGUAAUGACUAUGGAGCUCCAAAAGAUUCUGACACACUUCUUGCUCUGUUAGAUGUGAGCGCAUUACGUAGAGGUGGUGGCAGGGGUAAAGGUAGAGCACCUUCCUCCCGCAUCGAGGGCCUCCUCGCCUGGCUGUCUUCUUUUUCAAGCCCGGCGGAGGCCCUGGAGGAAGUGAGCAGGCUAAUGGGGGAGGAUGGAGGUAGGGGCAAGAGAGGACAGAAAGGUGGGCUUAGUUCACAGCUGUGGGCAGGUAUGCAGGAGUACCACAUCCCCCCUCAAAGCUCUCUCGCUCGCUGGUUCUCCGGAGGUAAGGCAGCUCCAGGAGGGCAGACCUCUGGGGUCGCACGGCUACCAGAAUGCCUUUCACAGGCUGCAGCACGGGGGCUGUUAGCCCCUUUGGUGGUGGAUGCUUUUUUGAUGCGUAGGGUCCUGCUCAUCCCACAGGUGGAGAACAGCAAACUACCCAGCAGCCACUGCAGUGCCAGAACUAUACGUCGGGCUAUAUAUGGGAUAUUACAACAAAAAGGCCAGGAUAAUGCGCCUCAGGGUAGCGGUGGCAGUGUGCAGCUAUUGAGGGGAAUAGGAGGUGCUGUCCAAGCACAGGAUAUGAGGAUACAAGAAAACAUCAGCCAGGGUAUGAGAGGUGGGAGAGGGCGAGGGGGAAGAGGACGGGGAGGUGGUCACGGCGGAGGAGGUAGGGGUCAGGGCAUCAUUUUACCUACACUACAGGGUGUCAAUGUAGGAUUUAGCAUCGAACAAGCAGCUGGUGCAGCUACAGUGCAGGCUCAGGGCUCCAGUUCCCCCAUUUGUGUGGAGGAGUAUGACCGUCUGGACCUGAACUUGAAGAAAAACCAAGUGGAGGCACAACCACCCAGAAUCCCUAUACGUCUGGAUACACUUGGCCAGGCUCCUGUGGCAGUUCGUCUUGGUGUCCUGUUAGAAGUCUUAGGGGUGAAAGAGUCUGCCCUGGCUCCCGUUCCUCUUCACCUGAGGCUCGCUGUAGCAGUGACAGGCUUCUGGCUGCGAGAGGCCGUACCAGCACCCUCACAGCCCCAGCUCCAGGCUUUGGUGCUGGGCAUGGUUUAUGGAGAGCUGUCCUGGAACAACCAGCCUGGAGCUACGCAUUAUCAAUAUGCUGUCCCACAGCUAAACUGGGCUGCGGAGCGCAAUGUGUGGACAGGGCUAGACCGACAACGUCGGAGACCAGGGGAGAGACGGGGCUUGGAUAUCGCAGUGGCUCACAGUUUCAGCCAGUGGCAGGCCUGCCUCUGGAGUGCACUGUGUCUCAACCAGCUAUUGCUGCUGCCUCUGCCGGAACCCCACCUGUCAUGGUUGUUCAGUGGUACCUUAGUGCAUGGCCUUCUUACGUAUCUAAAAGGAGGCCGAGCUGCUGAAUCUCUCCUAGCUGGGGGUUCCUUGUCUGGACAACUCUACUCCUCCCUCCAGGAUGCUGUGAGGAACUGUAGCACCACACCCCAUCCCACCUCUUCAGCAGCAGGGAGGAGGAAGAGAGGCGGAGGCCGUCGAAGGAGAGGAAGAAGGGGAGGUGGAAGAGGAGCGCAGGCAGGGGGGCAAGGGACCGAAGAGAUAAACAACAAGUUUGCUCUCCUGAUGAGCGAGGAAGAAUCUGAUGAUGAUUGGUGAGGAGGCAGAGAAAAAUGAAGAGAUGAACAUA